CUCUUCUCAGCUGCAGGAGGUAUUAUAUAAAACACGUUACUGACAACCCAAGUGGCAUUGCGUUGUAGCGCAAUGGUGUGCAAAUAAGAAAACAAACGGACCUUAAUUCAUAUUCUGAUAAAUACCCGAGAAGUCAGUUAUUUUAUCUAUGUGUUUGAUCUAAAGGAAAUAUGUUUUUGUCUUGUAUGAGUUUGUUGUCACUUUUGACACUUGUGGUGUUGCUUUCUGUUACACAAACUGUGUUUUCAGCCGAUAAGUUUGCCUACAAGACCCAAGAACCCAUUGAUGGAUCUGUUAUAAACUCAAAGAUUGACAAAGUAUAUCAUCUCGCCUCCCAGUUUCAUGAACAAUUCCGCUGGGAGAAAUCUAUAUUAUCAGAAAUGGCACAAACCCAAAGUCACGUUCUGUCAGAGAUUAGGGAUCAAGAAUACCGGAUACGUCGCCUCAACCGGAACUUGAAGAGAACUCUAAAAUUUUGUGCUAACCAGAAACUCCUCUCUGCAAAGGCAACGACAACUCCAACUCCCUACAAAGUGUUUUUCUCUAACGAAAUAGAAACUAAUCCUUGAUGAAUAAGCUGAAGAUAGAUGACUUCGCUAUUGGUGGAAGUUGACGACAACGAUGUGAUUCAAAAUGACUUGACAGCAUUUCAACAGGAUAUUUUAUGGUGUAAACAGAAAGUAAUGAAAUGUAUAAGAAAUUUAGCGUAGUGAUACAAUAUCAAUAUAUGAGUGAAAAGGAUAGUGGCGUAUGUUUUUUUUCUCCAAAGGAGGUCUUAGUCUUAGUGAUCGUAACCCCUGGAGUAUGGAGGAUGGUCCGUAACGAUACCUGUAUGUCGUAACAACAGGUACCAUGUAGAUGGCAAUGAGUGUAAAAAAAUUAUAUCUUAUCA